CCGAAAAUGCACGUGACCACAAUGGCUGCUGCUCUCUAAGCCUGGCAUCAACUUGCGCGGCACCGUGAAAACCCGUUUCUUUGCGGAAAACUCGCAGAGCUCUUGUCAGACUCGCACUGUCUGACAAAGCAGACCGUACUGUAACGUUCCAUUCCUCGUCAUACGACGGAGAAACGACUUCGGAAAAGAAGCCCAGGACAAAACAUCCUCGGCUCGGUUCGGACUUCCACCAACCAACACGUCGGUAGGAGGAGUCAACAGAUGAUGCCUCAGAGUGAGUGAUGCACCCCUGACAUUCCUCAUAACCGAGGUUGGCAUUUGGAGCUCUAAAUGUUACCCUCGGCUUUCUUCCCAUGAUUCACGGUUAUGAGCUCAUUAUACCAGCCGCUCCUCAUCCCCAUCCCACAUCGUAUCCCCAGCCCAAUGUCGCCGCACCGCUCAGGCUUCAAAUGCCAACCAGAUGCCUACAUCACUUUCAUGGCAGACCAUUGCUUUGGAGGCCGAUAGCAGCCUGACACGGCUGUUUCUCCAGGGUUAGGGCGUCGCCACGGUGAGAGGAUACCAGAGCCCCUCUGAAGCCUAAGAUGUCUUUAUCAAAGAUGGAGCCUUCGGGAAGGCGGCACGAGGAGAAUAUGAAGACGACCUCAGUCUCAGCGCUCACGUCUGAGGGAAGAAGAAGAAGAUUGCCAGUCUGCCACAGGUGUGUUGCCGGGACUGAAAGUGAGUCACCGCGGCGAUAGCGGCCGACCUGGGGCGCGAGACAUGUUACAGUGACAUCUAAAACCAGCCAUCGUCAUAACAAUCCUCCUCCUCCGUCGUGUUGUUGUGUGAGCUCUGCUGAGUCACUGGAGAGAGAAAAGCUGUUCUCAUCCAAUCCCCCCAAGGCCUGAGAAGUCUAUCCAAUCCUGAACAAGGGCUCUGGAGUCCAUUGGUGCCAGAUGAUUCUGCCUAGCGACCUCCCUUUAGUAUUUAUGUAAUUGAUGUUUCAUUCAAGAUAUAAAGCUUAGUGGCCUACUCUACCUCGAUCUAUCUCAGUAGGACACUCUUCAUAUCAAGGCAGAGGACCAGCCUUUGGAAGAAAAUAGCCUAUAUGCCCUUGGAUUCAAAGUUUCUCUGAAGCAUCCACCCGGGAACAUCGACGUAGCCUACCAGCUCCAUUUCACACACCUACACAAAUACACACGCGUCGUUGUCGUCCACCGUCACCCACCACCACCACCACUUCUUAAUUCAUUGGAUUACGCCGUCAUCGGCGGGUGAGGUUGGGGAUGUAGACCGUCGUCACCACGGAUACCUACAGGAGACUCUUUGGACUCGGCUCAAGGUCUGCCGAGCAGAACAUGGCAGGCAAGGGUAACCCCUGCCAACCCCCGGGGGGGCCAGGCAGUGCAGGGGGCCACACUGUCUCUGUGGGGGGAUUCCCCAUGCCUCACUACUCCUACUUCUUCCCCCACAUGCUGGGGGGGCUGUCCCCUCCCACCCUCUCCGGACUGCCCAUCAGUGGAUACAGCACCCCAUCGCCAGCCACCAUAGAGACCCAGAGCACCAGCUCGGAGGAGAUAGUCCCCAGUCCCCCCUCGCCGCCACCUCCCCCGCGAAUCUACAAACCCUGCUUCGUUUGUGCGGACAAGUCCUCGGGAUACCACUACGGAGUCAGCGCCUGCGAGGGCUGCAAGGGUUUCUUCCGGCGUAGUAUCCAGAAGAACAUGGUGUACACCUGUCAUCGCGAGAAGGGCUGCAUCAUCAACAAGGUCACCCGCAACCGCUGCCAGUACUGCCGCCUGCAGAAGUGUUUAGAAGUGGGCAUGUCCAAGGAGUCGGUGAGGAACGACAGGAACAAGAAGAAGAAGGAGGAGAAGAAGCCAGAGUGUACUGAGAUCUACGUGCUGAGUACCGAGACAGAGCAGAUGAUCGAACGCGUCCGCAAGGCCCAUAAGGAGACUUUUCCCUCGCUCUGUCAGCUGGGCAAAUACACCACGAAUAACAGUGCAGAGCACCGCGUGGCUCUAGAUGUAAACCUGUGGGAUAAGUUCAGUGAGCUGUCCACUAAGUGUAUCAUCAAGACGGUGGAGUUUGCCAAGCACCUGCCAGGCUUCACCACCCUCACUAUCGCGGACCAGAUCACCCUGCUCAAGGCUGCCUGUCUGGACAUACUGAUUCUGAGGAUAUGCACGCGGUACACUCCAGACCAGGACACAAUGACAUUCUCAGACGGGCUGACCCUGAACAGGACCCAAAUGCACAAUGCAGGCUUCGGCCCGCUCACAGACCUGGUGUUCGCCUUCGCCCAAACACUCCUCCCCCUGGAGAUGGACGACGCAGAGACCGGCCUGCUCAGCGGCAUCUGUCUGCUGUGUGGAGACCGUCAGGAUCUGGAGCAGGCAGACAAGGUGGACGUACUACAGGAGCCCCUACUGGAAGCUCUGAAGAUCUACGUGAGGAAGAGGAGGCCUCACAAACCACACAUGUUCCCCAAGAUGCUGAUGAAGAUCACGGACCUCAGAAGCAUCAGCGCCAAGGGAGCGGAGCGAGUGAUUACUCUGAAGAUGGAGAUCCCAGGCUCCAUGCCACCUCUCAUCCAGGAGAUGCUGGAAAACUCAGAGGGUCUGGAGGGCCAGGGGGCCAACGGGGGGCGCUCCAGCGGAGGAGGGGCCCCACCAGGCAGCUGCAGCCCCAGCCUGUCCCCCAGCUCAGCCCGCAGCAGCCCCCCUGCACCCUCCCCUUAGACGGGGGUCCACCACCACCCCCCAGGCAGGGACAGCAAGAAGGCAUGACUACAGACGGAGCCAGCCAGCGAACCGACAGACCCACAGUGUGACAAACCAGGCCAGAGUGGAGUGGGGUUAGGAAGAGGGCCAAGCCUGGGCCCAACCCGGACGGACUUUGACACUUUGAGGGAAAACGCAGGCCUCAAUGGACAGACAGCCGUCCCCCCCACCCCCCCCCCCCUAUCUCAGCCCCAGACCGGGCACCGAAACAGACCGGGCACCAUCAUACUUGACUGAAUCUGGAUGGCACUAUACCCUUCACCCCCACCACCACCACCAUAGACAUGCCUCAGAACCAGCACCAGGGAUUGGCAGCUGCAACACAAGGAGUUUCAUCUGAGUUGCUCUGUUUACUCUCCUCAGUGAUGACUCUCUGUUCUUCCUCUCUCCCCCUCAAGACAUUGGACAGGAAUUCAGGCUCAGUGCCCGUCAGACCUGGGGUAAAGGGGUCGACAAGACGCACGUCUUUCUGCAGGGAACUAGACAGACAGACUGCUGGACACUGGGCACGAGUCAUCCCUAAAUGUUGUCAGGGACAGCAAACGGGGGCUGCUCGGAGAGGGGGCCUGCCUCUCCUUCACAACUUUGAGAGACAGAUUUUCUUACAAAAGCUAUACGGAAAUAUAAAUAUAUAUAUUGAAAAAGUAAUCAUUGCAAUUUGAAUUGUCCAAGUGGAAUGAUGCAUAAAAGAAGAGUUGCCAUCUUUUUCUCAGUAUUUUUCUCACUGUUCUAAGAACUUAGAUGUUAUUUGUGAUUCCCCCCCACCUCCCCAGACCUAGUGUUUUGUUCUCUUCGUUUCACCCAGGAAUAUCAGCACACUAAGUAGUCACAGUGGAAAUAUGUGUUUUUUCUAUCAAAAGAUAAGUAGAACAAAAAUGAUGACACGAUUUCAGAUGCAAUUCACUUUAUGCACUAGACCUCUUGCACUGUCACGUUCACAUGUUGGAUCAAAUUGAUACACAAAACACAAAUUGGACCAGGUUGGGUUGGCAUUUCUCUGUUUUGUUCCAUUUACAGCAUUUUGUUUUUUUCAUGGGAGAAAAGGAAACGUAGUGGUUCUAUGAUCUAGAGUCAAGUAGUCGUGGAGUUAUGAAGAUGACCUGUAAGAAAGUAGCAGCCAUGAAAUAAUGUACAUAAGAUGUAUUCCUUUGUUUUUAAAGUACAUGGAGUCUAGCCAAUUUUCACUUUGUCAAAGCCUUUUAUGUUUUGCUUUUUGUUCUUGUUUGGUGUCCUGAAGUGAAGGCAUGAAUCACUGAUCGACUGUUUAGACCGCUUAAGGAAGGGACUGACUGCUAGGAACACCAUAGCCAUUGACAACCAGUGAAGAGAGUUGAAUUUAUACUUCACCUGAAAUAAAAUAGAAAAAUUUGACAAUUUAAAGACCAACAACUCCGUGACCCCCCCCCCCCCCCCCCCCCUUUCCCUAAGGUCGUCCCUCUCUCAUUCCACGUCUGGAUAAUGUAUGUAUUACCCCCCAACAGCACUGCCUCUGUACUGUAGCACAUUGUCAAUAUCUAUGUGCUCCCAUUACCCCCCACCAUCAGUCACAAACUGUACCACGUUACCAGUAUGCUCACAUUGUAGCACAUUGUCAGUAGGAUGUAUCUCUCUAUGUCCAUGUAAACUCUGUGACACGAUAUCAGUACGCUCACAACACCACUGCCUCUGUGUGUAUACAUAUUCCCCAUUAUCUCUACC